AUGGGCGCGAUCUGCGCAAUAGUCAGAGACACGGCCAUCAAACAGCACGAGGCAGGACCUGAAGCCGCCAGCCUCAGAGGUGCUUAUAGAAACGACGAGAGCAUUUUGACUACGCUAUUGGCCGGAUGCAAGCUCAUCAGGUGUCCUCGACGGCAAGCUUUAGCUCGAACACGCAUACAGCAAGUAUACGAAGACUACUCUCUCCACGCUCCUAGGCCAAAAGCUUUGCAUAUACUCGUGCGGCUUCGAGUUCUAGCCGCCCUCGCUCACAAUGCCUCCUGUAUGGGGUUUCCUCCAGAAGGCUUGUGCCGAGCAGACUACAUCUCACCGUAUAAUUCCUACGGCCCCUUGAUGCCCUCUCAACCACGCAUGGCCAGUUCAGCCCUCCAGCCCACUCCUUUACAAAGAACGGUCCUUCACCAUCCCUGGAUCGAUCUUUUUCCUUUCCCCCGACUGCGGGACAACGUUCUCGUCGGGCUCGCCAAAGGCGAUCUGGACGACGACGAACUAUGCGCUGAUAUCUUGGAGGUCAAGGACGAGGACCUCAGCGACAAGCCUUCGCUAAUUGUAUGGGGCGAACCCUGGGACUGGAAGGCAUGGGAGGCGAACGAGGACUUCUUUACGAAGUGGGGAUUCUUGGUUAAGGGGUGCCCGGAGCUGUUAGAGGCUACAAACUCCUGGAGGGUCAAGCGGGGUGAAGAGAGGCUUGUAUUUGAAGUCUAA